UUAAAACAACCUUACGUUAAUACGUGCAGACCAACAUGCAAAGACAGAUGUACCUCUGCACUUGAAUGAUUGUGAGAUAGUACUGCUAGUUUAUACUUUUUGUCCAUAUGAAAUGUUAUUUCAUUGGGACUAUAGCAAUGCUCAAUUUUCUUUUACCGAACCAUACUUUUAUUGAAGAAUAUUAAAAUGUAAUAAUAUUACCAUUUAGUAUGCAUAACAUGAAAACUACAAAGAUUUCCCUUUGAGUUCUACCUUAAAUUAAUUUCAUUAUUAUCAAAAAUAAUGUGACUGUUUUAGAACAGAUGAUUUGAACAAUAGUGAUGUUAAAUGCACUGCAUUGGAUUGCAGUCAUAAUAAGAUAUGUUCACUGGAAUGGAACUGAAUCAAUAUGACAGAAGCUCAGGGGUCAGUUCUCUAUGUUCUCCUUGACCUGAUUGAUAAGCGCAGAUGCAAACGGUCUUGAUGGCGGUUUUGUGUAACUGGAUGAAUGCCUAGACAAGAUGGUGACAGGUUUACAAUACUGCUUAAAGUAACCUUUUACCUCACUGACGUACCACUGAUUUCUUCAAGACUGUGUAUCAAACCAAUAAACAUCAAGUCUGCAGAUCCCGUAUUAACCUUAUGCUGUGUUCUCAUUAAUCAUUUACUUAAUUAGUCUUUCCUUAAUUGCUUAAGGAAAAAAAUCUAACUGUAAAUACUCAGUUACAAAUCUUCAGUAGUUGAUUGUGUACUUCAUUUUGAAAAGUAUAUAUGAUAACUCAGCAUGCACAGGGAAACCUCCUAUUGCUAAAUGUGGCUUGUGAGAAUGUUACCUUGAAUUCAUGCCUAAAACAUUAUGUAAAGUAAACAGAAUUAUGGUGUAGAUGUAGAAUAUAUGGGCUAAAAACAUUGCAUUAUUUUAUAUCAGGGAUUUUUUUAUUCGCUUAAUACUCUGGAUUAAUUUUUUUAAGUUAAACCAAUUAUAAUUUUACAGAUUUUUGUAAAAAUGCAUUUCAAUUUAAAAUAUUUAACAGUAAAAUUGUCCUUCCAUUAAAAUAGCCAUGGGAGCUGGCAUGGUGUUAAAAAAACACUUUUUCAAUAAUGAAGACAAUUUUCCUCAAAACUACGUUCCAAAACAAAACUUCAAACUAAACCAAAACUAAUAAUACAGGAAUUGUUUAAAAUUUGAUAGUAUUAUUUUUCCUGUUUUCCCUUUUCCUUCGUUUGGAGGUUUUUAAGUUUUGUAGGACAUUAAUGUUAGACUUACUUGUUAUACAGUACUUAUAUCUGACUCUGUAUGAAUAAUUGUGAGUCACAGGUCUGAGUUCAGUUCAGUUCGGUUGAUUUCAUGAUGUGGAAUAAGUGACAUGGCAUGUACAGCUGACAGCAGGGCACUACCUUCUGGACUUAACUGCCUUUAUCAGAGCUCAGCAACCCAUUUAAAUACAGUGCUGAUAGCUUCUCAACACUUACAGAAGAGGACAAGAGAAAGGUAAGGAACUGGACAAAACACAAAUGAAUGCAUACUUAUGUUCUUUUCAGUUAAAUGCAAGCCAGUCAAAAAUAUUUAUAGUGGUCUUGCCUGACAAUUUUCUUUUUUUUUCUUGUAGAGUCUGCGCAUAAUCAUGAAGGUCCUUGCAGUGUUUGUUAUUGCAGUUUUCUCUGGUUGUCAUGCCAGUAUGUUGUGGCAGGACCAGCCAGCACCCAGUAUGGAUCUGGUGAAAAACGCAUUCUGGAAUUACGUGUCUCAGGCAACCCUCACAGCUGAGGACACCCUGCAGAUGAUCCGAAACUCAGAACUGGGUCAAGAAAUCAAUGACAGGAUCUCUCAAAGUGCAGAUGCCAUCAACAAAUACACCCUGGCCGUUCAAAGUCAAGUAACUCCUCUGACUCAAGACCUGAUGGCCAAAAUUUCCCAAGAGGCAGAUCAGCUGAAACGGCGCCUGGAACAGGAAAUGACAUCUGUGCAGUCCCAGCUCAAGCCUUACAUUGAGGAGAUCAGAGGUGAUAUUGAGGAGCAGGUUGAGCGGCUGAAGAAGGAUGUGGCUCCGUAUGCAGAGGCCCUGAACUCUGAGGCCCUGAGAUCUACUCUGGUCCAGAGGGCCGAGGAGCUGAAGGCCAAACUGGAGAGAAGUUUGAUGGAGAUGGGUCCUCAAACCGAGGAGCUGAAGCAGAAACUGGAACAGCACUUUUUGGAGUUUCAGAUGAGCAUGUCACCAUUAGCCCAAACCUUUCAGAGUCAGCUGGCCCAGAGAAGUCAGGAGCUUCAGAAGAAUCUGGCUCCCUAUUCAGAGGAGCUCAGCAAACUGGAUCCAUACGCCCAGGACCUGAAGGCCCAGUUAACAGCACUCUGGGAGUCCUUUGCCAAGAACAAGCAAUCCAAGUCAUAUAAAUACCAGCUGCUUCCAAACUCCCAUUACAGAACACAUUGGAAAAUCUGUCUGGUAUACUGUCCAAAAGCAAUCAUGAAGUUUGUGGCUGUAAUCCUCGCUCUCGCUGUUAUUUCAGGCUGCCAGGGGCGCUUCCUGUUGCAGGAUGAGCCAAAAAGCCGCUGGGAAGAGGCAGUGGAUCAGUUCUGGAACCGUGUGUCCGAGCUGACCUCUAAGGCUGAGGAGAUGAGGGACAACAUCAAGGCCACCGAGCUCGGCAGAGAAUUAGACACACUGAUCAGUGACAGCAUGAUGGAGCUGCAAAUGUACAAAGAUGACUUGCACUCCAAACUGGGCCCUUAUGCACAGGAGACUGCCAAAAGAUUCAAUGAAGAUGUUCAGCUGCUGGCCAAUAAGCUCCGCACACAUAUGGAGGACGCUAAGGAUCGUGCCAAUGAAUACACACAGGAGCUCCAAACCAUUGUGGAACAGAACGCUGAUGAGGUCAAGAACAAGGUCAACAGCUACGCCAAGAAACUAAGGAAACGUUUUAACAAGGACAUCCAAGAGAUCAACAAGAAAAUGGCAACAUACUUUGAGGAGGUUCGCUCUCGUGCUACUCAGGGUAUGGAGGAUGUGAAAGAUCGUCUCGAGCCUUACUUCACCUCAGUACAUCAGCGUGCUGAAGAGAAGCUGACAACUCUGGCAGAUCUGCUGAGAAGCCAGGGAGAAGGAAUAAAAGAGAAACUGGAAUCACAAAUGGAGGACCUCAAGGAGAAAGUUGAGAAGAGCACAGAGAAUAUGCGUAACACAAUUCAGGAAAAGGCAGAGGAGAUAAAAAAUUGGUUUGAGCCCUAUGUGUCUCAGGCCCAGAAGCAACUAGAGACAGUCAUGGAGGGCUUGUAAUACCAGUGUAUAAGAAUGAGGUCUCAUAGGAAAAUUAACGGAUUAACUUUUUCACUAAAUGUUGCUUGCAGAAAUGAAGGUAUUGGAAAUGUCAAAGUAAUGAGUGAAAUAUACCAUUAGUACUACAUGGAUGUAACUACAGAAGUAAGCUAUGUAAAAUAAAG